ACGAUCGUUACAGAAGCAGAAAAAGUCUCUCACACUUGUUGUCAAUUUUUAGGAACAGAGAUUGUUUACGGAUUCAUAAAUGGUUUCGCCAUCCAGCGGCGAGGGGGCUAAUUGUAGACAGCAUCGAUACUGCAGAUCCACGGAAAAAUAGUGCAUACAAGUCCUGAGGAACAAGUCGGUAAUGCCAAUUACGGUGACAACCACGAAGCGUCAUUCCUUAUUUUACCCGUUGCAAUGGUUAUUUAUGUGUUUUAUAAUAUGCUGCCAAGUUUAUUUACGAUUAGUGGUUUGCUGGACGAAUGACGCACGCGAGUAAAUCGAGUAAAUCGAGACAGGCAUGGAAAAAGAAAAAGGACAACGAAAGCUCGGCGUUUUACUUUUGAGUGUGACAUAUUCAUCAGCUUGCUUAAACGAAUCCGAUUGUUCGAGUGUUUCGCAACGCGUACCAUUUCAAAUUUUCUCUGGAAUCUCCUUCUGAAAGGACGUAUCCCUGUAGCGCCCGCAACAUUACAUCCAUACGUCGCGUCGAGAUUCCCGUCACUCGUCUUAUACUUGUGCAAUGAAAGAUAGCCAAAAUGAAGGCCGAGGUGAUUGUCAUUGAAACACCAAUGGAUUGUGGAUCAUCAGCUAUGAAGGGAAAUAUACACGAUGACGAGUACGGCGUCGAAGCAGAGUUGACGAGCCUUUCGUGGUUACAAUCGCUCGAUAUUACAAGUGCUUCUAAUUUACCAACACCGCCCUGUUCUCCAUCCCCUCCGCCAGUAAAUAGACAAGCAAGAAAAAAACUGUCCCCUUUGAUUAAAGCUGAAUUGGAUUUAGCUGAAAAUGCUGAAAAGUAUCGAACCGAUCCUGACGCGAAACCGCCAUUUUCUUAUGCUACGAUCAUAUGCUUGGCAAUGCGAGCGAAUAAUAAUAAAGUGUCUCUCUCGAACAUAUACGCGUGGAUCCGAGAGAACUUUUUAUUUUAUAAAUAUGCAGAUCCCGCUUGGCAGAAUUCAAUUCGGCAUAAUCUGUCGUUAAACAAAUGUUUCGUUAAGCUGCCUCGGUCGAAAGGCGAGCCGGGGAAAGGUGGUUUUUGGAAGCUGGACUUGGAACGAAUGGAAGAAGGCAGGAAAUCGAAACGGCGCGCAACGAUAUCGCAACGUAUUCGUGGAACGAAGAAACAGAUACCGGUUACGAAAAUGGUGACGAAGAUGGUUACGAAAAUGGUUGCGAACAAUGCACAGAACCAUUCUGUGCCACCCAAUAGCUCCCUGUCCACGCUGUACGAGACUCCUCCUAGUAGCGUGUCUCCUCCAAUUCCAGACUGUCUCUCAGAAAUACCUGAUUCGACGCAAGUUAGUUUAAGCGAAGACGAUCUCACCGGCUUGUUAAUUGCCACCGCGGGUUGGGAUGAAAAUCAAUUGGAUCUGUUGGAUUCUCUUUUAGAUACGCUGUAAAGUUUAGAGGUUGAUUGUAGAUGUGCUCAAAAACGGUGUCUCGUUUCGUACCAAUAUACCGAGUAAGACACAUACUCAUUUCAACUACGUAUUCCGUCCAUUUCUAGCUUACGUGUCUCUAUAGAGUAUAAUAGUUUACGUACAAUUCGCGACCGAUCUGUGUGAAUUGCUGGAUAAAUAAUCUACCAGGCCUUACGGAACGUACAAAUGUCUUUUGACAAAACGUAACCAAGUGAUCUUUCAACUGUCGUGUACGUAGACAUGUUCAUCGUUGAUACGCGAUCUCCAUUCCACUUGACCUAACACUUUCUAAUAAUAAAAACAUACGUAUCUACGCGUACGAUAUCUAUACAAAUCAAAUGUAUCGUAAAAGUAAUAAGAAGAAAUAAGAAGAAACGAAACAACUAUAUAACUUUCCAUGAUACGCGUCUCAUUGUAAGAUGUAAGUAAUGAUAAUCCAGUCUGAAAUUUCAUUUUUUAGCUGUACAAGCUUUCGAAGCUUUCGUGCAAAUUAUUUUCGUAGAUUUAUCGUGACGUUACAUUGAUUACUUAGACUAUGCGCGAGAGAGAGAGAGAGAGAGAGAGAGAACACACCAAAGAGAAUAUUUUUAUCUAGUCUUGGUCCAAACUAUUCACACGCUCAACCGUCCCGUUUCAUUUCAUUGCGAACAAAGCAAUGUUCCGACUGUUUACAUAUGUACAUACAUAUGUAUGUGAGGGUAUUCAAGUAUUUACCCGUACGUGUAUGUUUAUUAUAUGCUUACACGAUAUGUUGUAAUUAUUAUAGACGUAGUAGUAGCAUAACACGUUUGCAAUAGUUUGAAUUCUUCUACGUUUUGAAAUUCCAUUCGUUUCUCGUAGAAUUAGAAACAAUCUGAAUUUUCAAUUUCUAUGUCGCAUCGUCAACGAAUAUUAACAGGCAUUUGUAUUUUUAUGCACAAGCAAUAAUACAACGAUUACGGAAUAUGUACUUACAUAUUAUGUACAGAAGUAUAUGGAGAACAAAAGUACCGGUUUAUUCGAAAAGUUUCCAAACAGAAAUGAAUGCGACAUCUUCUUAGAAAAUACCGAUACCAAUGUAGUACGUAAAUAAGUAUACAUAUAUGUGCGUGCAAAGUGUCGCAACAUGAAAAACGGUACCGCUUUCCGACGCGUAACGUUAGCGGUAUCGUUUCAAAUCUUCCGACAUUCUCGCGACCGAGCAAGACGACGGCUUUUCUUUGCGGUUUCGAGCGAGAACAUCACACCCUGUACUUGCUCAUUUAAUUAUAUAGACUUACUUACACGUGUACGUAAUGCAGAUUGACAUCGACUACGUACACGUGGAAACCCUAAUAAUAUCUCUGGUAUAUUACCUAUCUGUCUACUUAUAUACGUAUACUACGAGUCGGUAUUUAUCCAUCUGCAUACAGUGUCGCAUGCAAUUUUUAUUUUCUCAUACGGAGAUCAAGCGCAACGAACCGAACCGAAUGAAUGUCGCGUACAAUACACGUACUUUAUAUGUUUCGAGACUUUUCGAACAAACAGUGGAGGAUAAUACACACAGUUGUAUAAAAUGAAUUUUUACUACACCGGAUACGCACUUAUCGUUUGUCCGAAUAAACGGUUAGAAAUCUUACCGACAUGUAAACUGAUAGUCUAUACAUAAGUAUAUAUUGCAUAUUGUAUUGUAUAAGAUUGGCAUUUUUGCGAUACAGUAAUAUGUAUAGUGCCUUUGAAUAAGUAACAACUAUUUGCAUUUCGCGAUAUGAUAUAGCAUAAAUUUGCCAAGUUGAUUAAUUCAUACGGAGUAUGUUUUAUAUUUCUGCUUGGAAGUCAUGUAAACCCAAAGUGCCUUAUAAGGAAAUAAAUUGUUUUACUUUCAAAAGGUACAUAGAUUUAUCCUAUCGUGCGAGUCCGUACGAAUGAAACAAACGGAAUUGAUCAAUAAUUUCGAUGAAAUAACCAUUACGGUUAUUACAAUUAAAUAGCUUGGUAACAAAUGUGUCUGGGUCUGUAACACGUAUCGUGCUAGUACUUGUGUAUAUAUUUGCGUAAACUAUAUUCUUGUGAAAAAUAAAAAACGGUGCUUACAUAUGUGUGGAAUAAAAACAAGAAUACUUGGAAACUACUGAUAAAAGCAAAAGAUGUAUCAACCGGAAGUUAAAUGAUUUCAACGGACACGUUAUCGGAUGUCGGUAUAUACAUGUACACAUGCUUCCCCAUGCGGGCGCGUA